GCCAAAAGGCGCCGGCACCGCCCCUGCUCUCUCUUCGCUGGUGACGAAGUCUGUGCGCGACGUGAUCCUGAGCUGGGGAAGGAGUCCAUGCUGAGGGAUGCCCAAGAAGUUCCAGGGCGAGAACACCAAGUCGGCCGCUGCCCGAGCAAGGAAGGCUGAGGCCAAAGCAGCAGCUGAUGCCAAGCGGCAGCAGGAACUGGAGGAUGCCUAUUGGAAGGAUGAUGACAAACACGUCAUGAGGAAGGAGCAAAGGAAGGAGGAGAAGGAGAAGCGCCGUUUAGAACAGCUGGAACGGAAGAAAGAAUUGCAGAGGCUGCUGGAAGAAGAAGACUCCAAGCUGAAGGGGAAGUCGCCCAAGCCCCUGACCCCAGGCAAAGUGACUCGGGCCCAGAUAGAGGAGACGCUGCGCCGAGACCAGCAACAGAAGGAGAAUGAGGAGACAGUGGACAAACCAAAAAGUCACCUUGAAGUACCCUUGGAGGAGAACGUCAACCGGCGUGUCCCCGAGGAGGGGAGCGUGGAAGCCAGAACGAUCGAAGAUGCCAUAGCUGUCCUCAGUGUUAAUGACGACUCUGACCGCCACCCCGAGCGCCGCAUGAAAGCUGCUUUUACUGCCUUUGAGGAGCUGCAUCUGCCAAGACUGAAGAAGGAGAACCCCAACAUGCGUCUAUCCCAGCUGAAACAGCUGUUGAAGAAGGAGUGGAUGAGGUCCCCCGACAACCCCAUGAACCAGCGGACCAUGGCCUACAAUGCCCAGAAAUAGAACUUGGGGAAUGGAAACAGGCAGGGGAAGAGAGGGGACCCAUCCUAGUCUGCACCACUGGGUCUCAGGCCCUCAGAUUCAGGGUUUGGGGGGAUGGGGAAGAACAGUUCCAGACAGAACCAGUGGAAUUUUUUUUUUAAACAUGUUUCUCUCCCCUGUUCUCAGCACUACUGAUUAAAAGAGGAGUCACCACCCGUCCAAGGUU